AGCAUGAGCCGAGGCUUCCUCCACAUCCAGAGCUUUCGCGAGCAAGAACCAGGAAGUGUCCACAUGGAGGGUGUGUCGUUCCCUGCCAGUGAAUGUUUUAUUAUUUUUAAAAACACAGUCCUCCUCCUCCUCCUCGGAUACAAACAAUAAUGGGGGACUCUGCGAGGACCAAGCGGCGGGAGCAGCUGAAGCGCUGGGCCGGCUCGUGCACCAACAAAGCGUCGGCCGUGCCCCGGCGGAGGUGGCGGCGGGGCGACGCCGAGAACGGAGCCGCGGAGCCGCCGGCCCAGCUCAGCGACCCGCCUCGGGACCAGCCGGCGCGGGGAGGCACGGAGGAAGUCAGUCCCCUCCUCAAACGACGGAAGAGCGUGAGGUUCGACCGGGCCGCAGAGUUCCUGGCCGCCUGCGCCAGCGCCGACACCGACGAGGCCCAGAUGAUGCUGAAGGAGGCUCGAGAAACCCAGACGGCGACGGGGGAGGACGCGGCAGAAAUCAUCAACUGUUCCAACGCCGAUGGAAUAACCGCCCUCCACCAGUCCUGCAUCGACGGCAGCAUGGAGAUAGUGUCCUUCCUCUUGGACCACGGCGCCAACGUGAACCAGGUGGACAGCGAGGGAUGGACGUCUCUGCACGUCGCCGCCUCCUGCGGCUACAGCGACAUCGCAGAUUUUCUCUUGCAGCAAGGAGCGUCCGUCUCCGCUGUGAACUGUGACGGUGACGUUCCACUGGACAUCGCUCUGGAUGAGCCCACCGAGCUGCUCCUUCAGGGUUACACUCUGAGACAGGGUGUGGACUUGGAUGCAGCCAAGCGGCUGGAGGAGGAGCAGAUCAUGACGGACGCCCGGACCUGGCUGACCGAGGGCUCGCCCGCUGACGUGAAGCACCACCGGACCGGCGCCACCCCGCUGCACGUGGCUGCAGCCAAAGGCUAUAUAGAGGCUCUCAAGAUUCUGUGUCAGUGUGGGCUGGACGUGUCGGCGAUGGACUUUGACGGCUGGACGCCGCUCCACGCCGCGGCGCACUGGGGUCAGGGGGAGGCCUGCCGCAUCCUCGCCGAGCAGCUGUGCGACAUGGAGGCUCGCAGUAACGCGGGUCAGACACCGUUUGAUGUCGCUGAUGAAAGCAUCGAGGAGCUGCUGGAGGAGUUAUCACAGAAACAAGCCACUUCCAUAUUGGAUAAGCAGCAGAACCAACCAGGCUCCCCCGUUGAAAAUGCACUAAACAAGCGGCGGAGGAGCUCCGUGUGCCGGAUGAGUAGUAAAGAGAAGCUGAAUGUGUCUAAGGAGAGGGGCGUAUCGGGGAGCCUGGAGCUGAGUGGGGAGAAGGAGAGCAGCCCAGGAAGCUCCACCGUGUCCAGUCCAGAGAGUCUGACCCCAUCCACCGUCGGCCUCGGCGACAAGACCCCAGAGGAGAGAAGUGAGGAGGAGCAGGACAAGGAGAGCCGGACCGCCCGAGUCCAGCCGACCCCUCAGAACCGGGACGCCGCGGCCGAGAGCCCCAACACGCCCAACACGCCCAACACGCCCAACACCGACCGGCGCAAGUUCCAGGCUCCAGUCAGAGACGAAGAGUCCGAGUCUCAGAGGAAAGCUCGCUCCCGGCUCAUGAGGCGGUCCCGCCGCUCCACACAGGGCGUGACCCUGACUGACCUCAAAGAAGCAGAGAAGACGGUUCCUAAAGCUGCAGAGCCGCCGCGCAACGUCCAGCCCGUCAGCCCCAUCGUUACCGUGACGCCUGCCGACAGGGACGCCGACCUGGAGAACCAGGGGGAGCCGGAGGCAGAGAAGCGCCUCGGCGUGAAGGACCGGAGGAGAGGGAGGAGGGAGCGGCGCUCCACCGGCAUCAUCCAGCCAGGAGAGAAUGAAAAUGAGGACGAGCAUUCGGAUGAUGCCAACAGUAAGAGUUCUUCCAAUGAGAGUCGACCGGGCGACCAGUCGGCGGACUACAGGACGCUGUACUUGAAGGUGCUGCAGGAGAACCUGGCGCUGAAGGACGAGCUGCAGGAGAAGGAGCUGCUGCUCAGCCAAAACAGAGUGGAGCUGGAGCGACUCCAACAGAGUCAGGACUGCAGCACAGACCGACCGGCUCUCCUGGAGCUGGAGAGAUUUGAGAAGUUGACCCUCCAGAGGAAAGCAGUGGAGCUGGAGGACGAGCUGAAGGUUCUGGGCGACCUCCGGUCCGACAACCAGCGGCUCAAGGACGAGAACGCCGCCCUCAUCCGAGUCAUCAGCAAACUCUCCCGAUGAACCAAGAGAGACGGACACAAAGUAUUACUGGAUUUCUUCUUUCGCCAAACUCCGAAAGACUCGAGCGAGGAAGAGGAGCGAGGAGCGAGGAAGAGGAGUGUCGCCGACCGGCCGACGGCACAUGCCACAGAACCGGAGCGGACCGAGUUCAGGGCGCCUGUGUCUGGGCCUUUUAUGUUUUUGGCAGAUCUACUGUAUAACAAGCUUUUGGAGCUGCGCCCCCUGGUGGACGCAGCGGGGACUGGCCGGUUAUAUUCAGUCUCCUCGUUGUAUUUUUUUAACUGGAACAUUUUAAAUGUGCUUUCACUCCUCCUGGAAACUCUUUGUAUAAAACCUGUAACGACAGACUUUAAGCCAUCGCAGCGCGAGAUAGAGAGAUGGUUGAUGGGGGAGGAGGAGGAAGAGGAAGGAGGAGGGGGCAGUCAGGUGUGUAGGUGGUUACUAGAAACAUUAGAAAAUGUUUUUAAAAUGACCGUAAAUGUGCCAAAAAGCGUCCCUAGUCGUAGGGAGGAGAGGAGGGGGGGGGGUGCUUUCGCUUUCCUUGGCUGACUCCUAGUGGACCAAAUGUGCAUGUGCAUGUCUCCCUGCUCCUCUGAAUGUAUAUUUAAUAUGUAUAUUUAUGUGCACAGGGGCCAGUGGUUCAGACCGCGAGGAGGAGGAGGAGGAGGAGGAGGGGGGGGGGGGGGUUCUGCUCUCUGUUGUUCAACUCGACUUGUUGCUGCUGGUGUUCAGAUUUAAACACAAAAUGUUUGUUACAGACGUCGAAUCUCAAGAGCUGAAGAGGAGGAAGCAUUCCCUUCUCCCUCCUUCUCCCUCUCGCUCCUCCCUUCUUUCCCGUCUCCCUCCUUCUCCCUCUCGCUCCUCCCUUCUUUCCCUUCUUCUCCCUCCUUCUCCUUCUCCCUUCUCUCUCUCUCCCUCAGUCAUCCUUCUCCUGACCGGACUCCUCUUGGAGCAGCUCCUCCUCCUCCUCUCAGUACCCCCCCCCCACCCCGUGUGACGGGUCAUUGUUCUGACUGCUCCUCCUUUCCUCUCCUCCUCCUCUGAUGGUGUUUUGUCGCUGUGCCUUCAUUCUACAUUUUAAGUGAUAUUUCUGUUGCUUGGCGACCGUGAUGUUCUAAAGUAUAAAGACAGUCUGGGUAUAAACUCAUCGGGACUCGUUUUUAUUUGUACUAACCGUCGACAUUCAGCGGAUGUUUUAAAGUUGGUUGAACUGACAAUAAAUACGUUGAACUGUA